UGGAUUUUUAAUUAACAGUAUUUUUAUUGCUUUAUUGGAUGUAGUAGGAGUACCUAUUAGUUGUCAUCAUAUAAAAGGUAAUACAUGUCGAUCAGUGCAUCAUUCUAACAAUAACCCUUGAGUCGCACAUUCGAGUAAAUAUAGACAACAUGAAGAUGUAUCUUCUAGCUGUACUGUGUUUGGUUGGGUUUGCUAUGUCCUUCCCGACUGCUAUGCCUGAACAGGAAGACGUAGAAGAUUUCCAAGUUGGCUUACACGAAGAGAAUAAAGAUGAAAACGAAGCGGUACCUCAUAAUGUGAUCCAUUUAGAUGAUAAUACUCUCGCGUUACUGAGGGAAUUGAAGAAACAAAUUUUAGCUGAAUUUAAACAGUCCGUGAUUGAUGAUGAGGGACAUGUUAUACAACGUGGCAUUCCGCUACCGCUACCUCGUCCUAUAACUGAUUUAGUUAAAAAAGUGCUCCCAUGGCCUUUUUCAGCUAUUUUUGACUCAACCAUACCAGAACCAGAACCAGAACCAAAAGAAGCUGUGUAGGUAUCCUGUUUUUAUUUUAAAAUAAAGACAUGAAUUUUCAAUAAAUAUUUCAUUCAAUACAACAAA